GUGGUCACACAGAAUUGUGAUUAAAAACGUGCACCGGCUUUUUCCGCGUAAACAUUACAUAUAAUUUAGAAUAAUUCAUUAAUUAAUGAGUCCCAGCAAGAUUCCUCCGCUGACCUACAAGGUCGUGGCGGAGUGCUCCGUCUCCAAAGCCAGGGCAGGAUUGAUGACCCUAAGGCACAGUGAAGUGAACACUCCAGUUUUCAUGCCUGUUGGAACUCAGGGAACCUUGAAGGGCAUCCUGCCUGACCAACUCAUCGAGCUGAACUGCCAAAUCCUGCUGGGAAAUACCUACCAUCUGGGCUUGCGACCAGGAAUUGAGACUCUCAAGAAAGCUGGCGGUCUCCACAAGUUUAUGGGCUGGCCAAGGGCUAUCCUGACCGACUCCGGUGGCUUUCAGAUGGUUUCCCUGCUGCAGCUGGCCGAGAUCGAUGAGCAUGGAGUGAAUUUCCGCUCGCCCUUCGACAACAGCCAGUGUAUGUUGACCCCAGAGCAUUCAAUUCAAAUACAAAAUGCCAUCGGGGCGGAUAUAAUGAUGCAGUUGGAUGACGUGGUCAAGACGACGACCAUAGGUCCCCGGGUGGAGGAAGCCAUGGAGAGGACUAUUCGCUGGGUGGAUCGCUGCAUCGAGGCACAUGCUCGAGAUGAUGAUCAGUCGCUGUUUCCCAUUGUCCAAGGAGGAUUGGAUGUGCCGCUGCGACAACGUUGCGUAUCCGCCCUGAUGGAGCGUCAAGUUCGAGGAUUUGCCGUCGGAGGAUUGAGUGGUGGCGAGAGUAAACACGACUUCUGGCGAAUGGUAGACGUGUGCACCGGCUAUCUGCCCAGGGACAAGCCCCGCUACCUGAUGGGCGUGGGAUUUGCGGCGGAUUUGGUGGUCUGUGUGGCCCUUGGGAUCGAUAUGUUCGAUUGUGUCUUCCCCACUCGCACAGCUAGAUUUGGUUGUGCCUUGGUGGGCAGUGGACAACUGAACCUCAAGCAGCCAAAGUACAAACUGGACAUGGAACCCAUCGACAAGGAUUGCGAGUGCAGCACCUGCAAGCGAUAUACUCGAUCGUAUCUGCACCACAUUGCCACCAAUGAGAGUGUCUCCUGCUCGUUGUUGAGCAUCCACAAUGUGGCCUAUCAGUUGCGAUUGAUGAGGAGCAUGCGUGAGGCCAUUCAGCGGGAUGAGUUCCCGCAAUUCGUCAGGGAUUUCAUGGCCAGCCACUUCCAAUCCGACCCCAUUCCGGCUUGGAUACGGGAAGCUCUGGCGGCUGUGAAUAUUCAACUGCCGGCGGAUCCGGAGAAGAAUGAUGAACAGGAACAGAAGCCAAAGACAGAGAAGCGCCAGGAGACCGAGGAUCUGGAUAAGGAGCAGGUGGCCACCAGCUAAUACAAUAAUGCAAAAAAACCUAAGCUUGACUAUACACAGUUUUGAUACCCUUAAAGAGGCAUUCGUAUUUAGUUACUAAUGGUUUAAUAAUACCCUUAAUACCCUUAAAUACCUUGAAGACAUUUUAUAUUCAUGAACGAAAUCAUGUACAUAUUUAGUAUAAGAAAAACACAACAUAAAAUUAAGGACAACAAUUUAUAAGAUACAUUUGUACUUAUAUAACUUAAGAAUUAUAGAGUGUAUCUAUAUUUAUUGGAAAUAAACUCUAUAAAUUUUA